AUCCCUCUUCCUCUUCUUUGUUUCAUCUUCUUCAUCCUCUGGGUUAUGCUUUUGCAGAGCUAUAUUAUUUUUUCUCAUUUGGAUCAAAUACAGAUAAAAAGAUUACAUAAAGCCAAAAAAAUCAUACUGUUAAAAUUUGGGAGAAUUCGGGGUAUUGGUUGAAGAGAUAGCACAGGUUGCUGGUUUGUUCAAAAUUUGGUUAAGCUGGGGACGUGGGGGUUUGAAUCUCGGCUGCCGCAAGAAGGCGAAACCACCACGGCCCGUGAUGGAAAAGAUUGUCGCAUAUGUGCCACGGCUGGAGAUUUGCUGUGCAAAUUGGCUGGAGGUGGGAAACAAUUCAUGGGUGGAGGUUUUAGUCAUGAAAGCGAACAUGAUUUAGCUGUGAUGGUUAGUGAUUUCUUGGAGAAUGGAAGUGGUGGAGGAGAUUCUAGAUGUAGCAGUGAUAGCGAAUCGAGUUAUUCCGAUCUUGUGCAUCUAACAGAGAAUAUACUGUACCACAAGCACACGGUAGAUCAGUAUGAGAGUGAUUUGCUUUCUGCUGUCCAUUCACUGGUACUCUCUAUCAAUGAUAAGGACCUGCACAUCGUCAAGCCAGGCCCCUGCAAUGGAAGCUGCAUUAGAUUUUAUAUGGUAAAGCUUCUUAGGUCUUCUGGUUAUGAUGCAGCUGUAUGUACAUCUAAAUGGCAGAAUUCUGGGAAGGUCCCUGGAGGUGAUUAUGAGUACAUUGACGUGGCCAAUCACAGUGAUAGUGCAAGCACAGAACGCUUAAUCAUUGAUAUCGACUUCCGAAGCCACUUUGAGAUUGCAAGACCUAGCGAAUCUUACGAUGCUAUAAUGAAUUCACUUCCGGUGAUCUAUGUGGGUACCUUAUCGAAUCUGAAGCACUUCCUUCAUAUAAUGGUUGAAGCUGCAAAAUCUUCUCUCAGACAGAACUCAAUGCCUCUUCCACCGUGGAGAUCUUUUGCUUAUUUGCAGUGUAAGUGGUAUUCCCCUUACCAGAGAAACAUUACUCCAGAAGAGGUUACCCAAGAGAUUACAUCUGACCAUGAGCAGUGCAUUGGACAUUUGAGGAGGUUGAAAUCAAAUCUAAAAUCUGAAAUAGCAGCAGAAAGAUUGUUGAAGCCCAUAAACAUCGACAAUACUAAUAGGAAAGUGAAACAGGACAGGCGCAGACACUCUUCAUUAAGGACCCUAUGAAAUUCUCCAGCAUUUUGCAGAAGAAAUUCAUAUACAUUUUUUUGAGAUAUAGAUAUUCUUAUACAAGAGACCUUCUUGAUUGACGAAAUAUUAUUUUUUCUUUGGGAACAAAUUACCAGUAUUCCAAAAGCAGAAGACAGCCGUAAUUACCAAUUUUGGUGGAGCCGUGGAGGCAACAAUUUUUUACUUGCUCUUCCCAUAUCUAGCAAGGGAAUCAAGUUUCUGUAACAUCUAUGUGCAUCCAUAGCAGGCAGUGCAGAACAACUUAGUAGGAUCAGCUCUAUUCUGUCUAGUCUUCAUUCAGAAGCUCUUUGCUAGCCCCGGGUACUUUGCUUGACCCUGAUAUCCCUUUACAAGUUUUGUUUGUUUAAUUAUUUUCAGUUUCCAUUUUUUUACCAUUAUUAAUGAUGAGUUGUAAUUCUUGCCUCUCUUACUAAUAUGGCAAAUAGGAAAAUUUUGAUUUUUUGUACUUUUCUCUCAUAUAUAAAAAAUUACAAGUUGCAUAUCUAA